AUCUAAGAUCAAGCACAAAUUGCUGCUUCAAUACACGGAAGAAGCUAACGAAGCAGUAGACCAAAAAAAAAAAAAGGAAGGAAGAAGAGGAAGAUGAAGGCGUUAGGGUAUUGGUUAAUGGUGGUUGGUUCACUGAGAUUAGCUUCUGUUUGGUUUGGUUUCUUCAACAUUUGGGCUCUUCGUCUCGCCGUCUUCUCUCAGACCACCAUGAGUGAAGUUCAUGGACGUACAUUCGGAGUAUGGACACUCUUGACCUGCACUCUCUGCUUUCUUUGUGCAUUCAACCCCGAAAACAAACCGUUAUACUUGGCUACCUUUCUCUCAUUUAUCUACGCCUUAGGCCAUUUUCUGACCGAAUACCUCUUCUACCAUACAAUGACCAUCGCGAAUCUCUCAACCGUGGCCUUCUUUGCAGGCACAUCGAUUGUGUGGAUGCUCUGGGAGUGGAAUUCCCUUGAACAACCGCACUCCAAACUUUCUUGAUGUUUUUUUUUUUUUUCUGAUGACAUGUAAUUGAGUCUUUCUUCUUUAAAACAUUUUUAAAACGUUGGAAUCAUGUCCGACUUUUUGCUCGAUUCCUAAAGCCGUUGAUUCAUGUUUCAACUAUAAAAUUUGACAUUCUUUACGAGACCGAGUUUCAUGUAAGACUACAUUUAGUAGAUUAUAAUAAGA